GAGAAAUAAGCUCUAACAGUUUAACCAAUCACAAACUAGUAAGCCUAACAACUGAUUUAUUCUUCAUCCAACCUAUCACAGUUAAAUAAGUAGAACUGUUUGAGAAUAUAUAUAUAUAACAAAAUGUCAAGAAUAUGAAUAGUAGACAUUCUUCUAUUUCUUCUUCUUGUUCUACUUCUUAGAAUAUCAUUACUGUCAGUAGUGUAGUAUACAAGAAAUAGAAUUAAUACACAUUACAGAAAUAUUCUGAGACUAGUUUUUAAUUGAAGUGAAUAGAGUGCAAUACGUUUUAAUUAAUCCACUUCUAAACUGCUGAAAGAUCCACACUAAAUUGACUAGAUAUUUAUUUCCAGUUGAGAGUGAACAUUAGAAACAACAACAAUAACAACAACAACAGUAGCAACAAAUACCUGAACAGAAAAAAAAAUGAAUACACAAACACCAGUAAUGAAUAAAACAGAAAAUUUUCUUGCUCAAUUCAAAGAUGCCAAGUCAAAUUCACUGAAACACUUCACUGCAGCACAAUUUGUUGAAGUGUGGAAUCAUUACGAUACAGACGGUAACGGUUACAUUGAAGGCUCAGAGUUGGACAACUUUUUGCGUGAAUUUAUAUACAGUGUAUUUUCAGAGGAGUUGGGAAGCGAGGCAAUACCGAAUGAAGACCUUGAAGUUAUGAAAAAGGAAUUUAUGGAGGCAUUCGAUGAGAAUUCUGAUAAUCGAAUUGAACUGACUGAAAUGGCGAAAAUAUUGCCAACUGAAGAAAAUUUUCUACUUCUGUUCCACCGAGAUAAUCCUUUAGACUCAAGUGUUGAGUUUAUGAGAGUAUGGAAACGUUUCGACAAAGACAGAAGUGGAUAUAUUGAAGCAGAUGAAUUGAAGUCAUUCCUGCUUCACUUGCUUAAAGAAGCUAAACCGGAUACGAAUAUUGAAGAAGGAAAAUUAAUAGAGUAUACAUCAUCCAUACUUCAGUUAUUCGAUCAGAACAAAGAUGGCAAAUUACAACUGAGUGAAAUGGCCAGAUUGUUACCCGUUAAAGAAAAUUAUCUGUGCAGACCUAUUUUCAAGAACGCUUCGAAAAUAACAUCGGCUGAUAUUGAUCGCGCAUUUUCACUUUAUGAUCUGGAUGCCAACGGAACAAUAGAAGAUGAAGAACUAGCCGGAUUCCUGAAGGAUCUGUUGGAAUUAGCUCAGGAGGACUAUGAUGAAGCCGACUUGGAAUUCUUUAAAAAGGUGAUCCUCAACCAAUGGGAUGUGAAUAAUGACGGUAAAAUUAAUCGAGAUGAAUUGAAAAUGAUGCUUAUGCAACAAUCACGACUGUUAGGCGAUAAGUCCUAAUCCACACUGAUUGUUAAUAAUAAUAAUAAUACAAUAAUAAUGCAGGAAGAAGAAGAAGUAGAAAUGAAAUGGAACUGGAGAAAUAAAGGCAUCUAUCCAUAUACCCUACCUCCAACAUUUCUGAGAAGUACACUCUCUGUGUUACAACACAUAACAAGCUUUAUUUCUCUUCCUAUUUGCCUACUAUUUUUAUUGUUUUGUUUUUCUCAAGGUUGUUUAUCUAUUAUUUCUAGCAUAAUAAUAAUAAUAAUUAAUAUCUUACUACAGUUGUGUUUACUUUGAAUACACAAAAUAGUUGAACAUUUAACUCCAAACAUUUUUUAUUUUCUAAACACAUUGUCAUUAACUUUGUUUGAGAGAAAGAAAGAUAGAUACCAUGUUGUGUAUCACCCACCUUGUUUUUCUCUCUGUGUUUAUUGUAUAACUUCUCUCUUUUUCAUGUGUUACAGUCAUGCUACUUACUCGCUUACUUGCUUACUCACUCACUCACUCACUCACUCAUUCAUUCAGUCAGUCACUUGCAUUCCUAACAGUAUUGUAAACUAAGUAUGAUUUAAUAUUCAUGAGCAUAUUCAUCAUUACUCAGAUAUAUAUAUAUAUAUAUAUA